AUGUCCGCGGUUAAUACCACACUUCGGCCUACUCUCAAGUGGGCUCAGCGUGCCGAGCACAUAUGGCUUACCGUGGACCUUUCUGGCGUACAAGACAUGAAGGUCGACCUCCAACCUACCUGCUUGAGCUUUUCCGGAGUCUCCCACGGCGACAAGUACGCCUUCGAGAUCACUUUUUUCGCAGAGAUAGUUCCAGCAGAUUCUAAAUAUUCCCAGAAGAGACUUGUUGAGUUCUGUCUCAAGAAAAAGGACGAUGAUGAGUGGCCUCGUUUAACGAGUGAAAAAAUCAGAGCCUCCUGGAUUCAAAUCGACUGGGCACGAUGGGAUGACGGUGAAGAUUCUCAACAGUCCGGAAACCCUUUCGAUAUGGAGGGUAUGGAGAAUUUUAUGAGUCAAGGAAAUCCGGGAGCUCUUCCCAACUCGGAUGAUGAGAGUGACGAUGAAGACCUGCCAGACCUCGACGAGCCGGUGGUUACUACUGAGAAGAAAGUAACGACCGGUGUGGUAGAGGAGGCUCAUAACAAGGAGAAUGACAAGGCAGCAAACAUUACUAACGUACUCUUAUGGGAAGCGGAAUGA